CGUCGUCGUCGGAUUGGCUUUGUUUCGCCUCCUAUCAUUCGAUCUCAGUCGCCAUGUCCGAACACACGAGAGGAGGUUCCUGUUUGACCAUUUGCUGGUCAGUGAGGAUUUGAAGCAGCGCUAGCUGCUGAGGUCCCCGCUAAUGGACACCUACUCCUCCGGCGAAGACUUCAUUGUUAAGACGAGGAAGCCUUAUACCAUCACCAAGCAGAGAGAACGAUGGACAGAGGAGGAACAUAACAGAUUUCUAGAAGCCUUGAAGCUCUAUGGACGAGCUUGGCAGCGCAUCGAAGAACAUAUUGGAACAAAGACUGCGGUGCAGAUCCGGAGUCAUGCGCAGAAAUUCUUUUCAAAGUUGGAGAAGGAGGCACUUGUUAAAGGAGUUCCUGUGGGGCAGACAUUAGAUAUAAAAAUACCACCUCCACGCCCCAAAAGGAAACCAAGUAAUCCUUAUCCUCGAAAGACGGGUGCUAGUACUCCUACACUGCUGGUGGGAGCAAAGGAUGGUGGAACUUUAUCUGUGUCACCAUCACAUUGUGAGAAAUUGGACUCAGAGACAGCACCAUUUCUUGAGAGAGCUAGUGGUGGAGAGAAGCUGGCAAAUUCCAAAGAGAAUCAGGAUGACAAUUGCUCAGAAGUUUUUAAUCUGCCUCAGGAAGCUCACUGUUCUUCUAUAUCUUCAGCCAACAGAAGUGUUGUUCCAACAUCAGUUGCCAUCCAGAAUUCAUGCACCUUCAAGAAGUUUGUUCCUUUAUUGAAAGAGGGAGUUCAGGAUAAUGGGCCAAGAAAAGUUUCUAAUUUGGAGAACUCUGAUCGUUCGCAUGAGAAAUCAGUUCAAUGCAGAAUGGAUGGAUAUGAUGGCCUGCCAGCGGAUGAGAUGCAAACUGCUCAUAAUUUCCCAAGGCAUGUUCCAGUGCAUGUUUUAGAUGCAAACCAAACAAAUUGUACUCAGGCCCCCUUGCAGGAUGUGUCAUUCCAGGACUCCGCAUUCAACCCAACUGGAGAAGUGAAAGCACGCCUUAACCUAUUCCCAAGUCAAACUCAAUCUGCAGCUAGUGAACAUCAGAAGGAUGCCCCAAGAAUGGAUCAUCAAUCAUUUCCGGCUUUUCAUCCUCCCUUUACCCCAGUUCACCAUAAUGAAGAUGACUAUAGAUCAUUCCUCCACCUCUCAUCCACAUUUUCGAGUCUCAUUGUGUCUACACUGCUACAGAACCCUGCUGCACAUGCAGCAGCUAGUUUUGCUGCCUCACUUUGGCCCUACCCUAAUGUGGAACGUUCUGCAGUAGAUUCUCCUGUAUGUACUCAAGGAACUUUUCCAUGUCGACCGUCGAGCUCCACUCCAAGCAUGGCUGCUCUAGCUGCUGCUACAGUGGCUGCUGCAACUGCAUGGUGGGCAGCCCAUGGGUUGCUCCCUCUCUGUGCUCCUCUUCAUACUGGAUUUACGUGCAAUCCUACAUCUGCUACUGCGGUUCACUCCCUGGAUACUAGUCAAACUCCAGUAGUGGAAAAAGAGAGAAGAGAGUGUACCUUUGAGAACCCAAGCUCACAAGAGCAUUUGGACCAAGAACAUUCUGAAGCUCUGCAAGCUCAAAACUCUGCUUCCAAAUCACCUUCAGGAUCAUCGUCGGACUCUGAGGAUAGUGGAGGGGCAGGUUUAGAUGCUAGAUCAAAAGCUGCUGAUCAUGAGAAGGCUGCAGUGGAGACUGAUUCCCAAGAAAACAAAUCAAAGGGAGGAAAACCAGUUGAUCGUUCCUCGUGUGGCUCAAAUACACCUUCUAGCAGUGAAGUGGAGACUGAUGCAUUAGAAAAGCAAGAGAAAAGCAAGGAAACGCUGAAAGAUCCUGAUCCAAACCAAUCCAUUCUGGAAUACUUCAAUCGUCGCUGUAGAAGCACCAGCAAUGUGACUGACUCUUGGAAGGAGGUGUCUGAAGAGGGUCGGCUGGCUUUUCAGGCACUUUUCUCCAGAAAUGUUCUGCCACAAAGCUUUUCACCUCCUCGUGAUAUAAAGAACAAAGGACAGGAGAAGGACAAUGUCGAAGAAGAUGAGCAAAUUGAUGAAGAGGUAUAUAAAGAUGUAUCAACAUUAGACCUCAACAGUAACAUGCGUAUCUCGUGUUCUUUUCAUCAAGGUUCUGAGAGGUCUGGAGUUGUUGACGAUGGCAAGGAGGGGCUUCUGACAAUUGGGCUAGGUCAAGGAAAGCUUAGGACACGUCGAACUGGAUUUAAACCUUACAAGAGGUGCUCGGUAGAGGCCAAGGAAACCCGGGUGGCAAAUGUCAGCAGCCAAAGUGAAGAGCAAGGGCCUAAGAGGAUACGCUUGGAAGGGCAGGCCUUCAAUGUGACUUUCCAUAAUGCAUGCAUUCAAUGAAGGAAAGCUUUGUUGUUGCAUCCUUAUUUUCGGUGGUAUCUAUUUUCGUUUAUCUGUUAAUUUGUAGUUCACGAAACUUGUCGUGUUACGUGUGUGUACUGAUGUCUAUUUCCACGUAGUUCCCAUAUUGAACUUGAACCCACGCAACUGCAUUCGAAACAUUUUCUGCAUAGAACUUCAUAAGGACUCUGUAUGAGUUUGUGAACUCUUUCCUGCAAUGAUGUUCUUCCUAGUCA